GGAGAGUCGGUUGGGCCUUGUGGGCUUCCUGGUCCUCAGCUCCGCCUCGCCUCGAUCAGACCGGACGGCGAAAACACUUCUCAGUUAAAGAACAAAAGCAACAACGGAUGGACCGAGGAGGGCGAAGUAACGGCGACUCAGAUUCCCACCAGAAUCUCGCGGAUUGAGAUAUUUUGUUCCCGGCGCGGGGAAACGACCGAACCGACGACUGAACUCCUCCGAAAAGGCGACAAACUUGGUCGCCUCGCAUCUUUGUGUCCCGACCGUAAUCCGUCGAGGUGCUUGAUAAAUAAGACGAGGGUCAAACCGACAGACGGACGGUAUUGUUUCCGCGCUCUUGCUCUAAACUUCGGCCAUAAAAGGCGGAGCGGCGGAGGGGUAACUCCUGCUUUCUUUUUGUUUCCUCGACGCUUUAACGGACCGGGGGAAACCGGGUUAGACCUGCAUUUCGGUCGCUCUUGUGGCAUCUGCCUUUGUGAAGAGGCUACACUCAUCUUUAGGGACUGAGGAUCUGGGAGUGGAACAAAGCCUAACUGGGAAAGGGUGAAAGAGCCUAUUUUGAUAUCCCAGAUGGCGACCUACAGUGAACAUAUUGGCAGAAAUGGACUACUCAUGGGCAUUAAGGCGCAUUUUGAAGGAAAAGCAACAAAGACAGAAUGUGAAGGGAAACCUGAAGCUAAACGCUCCUCCAAGGAUUUGCGCCACUCAGCUGACAGCAAUGUGAGUGGUGUGGCUAGUUUCACCACCAACCACAACUCUGUUGUGUGUCUGCCUCUCGUAUCAGAGGGACUGAAGCUGGUAUGGACGCAGUCGGAUCAAACCCGCGAACUCGACACAAUCUCAGAGCUGAUCCAAGCCUUUAACUUGUUUCCAUAUCCAUCGUCUCGCGAGGUUAGCACCCUGGCUCGGGUAUGUGCCUUGCCACUGGACAAAGUUAAGGUGUGGUUUAUGGUGCAGAGAAUUAAAUACGGUAUCAGCUGGUCCUCAGAGGAGAUAGAGGAGACACGGCGAAAGCUUGCAGUGCCUGAGAUUUGUGAUGACUCUACGGAAACCAACGAGGAAGCUGAAAUAAAGAGCAAGGGUGACAACAGUGAGGAAUUGGUGAUUGAGGAGAAGGAUAAGGAUAAAAAUGAGGUAGAGCGUGUUCCCCCGAGUCCCCCAAAGAAGAAACUAAAGUGUGAGUCACCAGAUUCCUAUAAACCAGCCAAACCCACUCCCCCGUGUUUCAGUUCCACCCUCCCACCGCCUCAGGAUUCCUAUUUCUACCGCCCACCAGCGGAAACGCCAGCUAGCACAGCGGCCGAUGUCUCCCUCGACCUUUCGGAGUCGCCUUCACGACAGCACCGCCAUGGGCGCUACAAAAAGUCUAAAGCUCAGCUUGCUGCCCUCCGAAAGAGUUUUCUGAGAGAGAACUGGCCUGCGGAAGCAGAGCUUAGACGUUUGCAGGAAGAAACUGGGCUGAGUCGUAACGACAUUCGCAAGUGGUUCAGUGACAGCCGGUACCAGCUUAGGGUUGGUCGAGGGAGCCUUGCCGCAGCCCAGAACUACUCGCAACACACUGGAGGUAAACACGAUCAACAAAUCCAACCUCUCCCACUUAUUACACAAAAGACCAGUCAACUAAACGGGGUGAAGGGCCAGGAGGCAGCCCGUAGCAAUGGGGUUAGAAAUUCACAUUUCUUUCAGACCUUCUUGUCCAACAGCUUGGAAGCAUUCGGGGACAGGGUCAUUGAGGCAGAAGUGUAUGACGGUAUGGAGGAGCUUUCUGGUGACGGGGACAGUUUGAAAGACGAGGAACAAAGUGAGGAGCUGCCCUUGCAGCUCACCAAGACCUGCAAAAUUGAGCCAGAUGUUCCACAGGAACCAUCGGAUGUAUUAAAAACCUCUCCCUGCUCUUCCCCCUCUGGCAGCCCACCGCCGACUGCCUCCCCUAAUAAACCGCUUUCAAACAACAUCAGCACAUCAAAGAAGUCAGCCCAGUCAGCCAAAGCUAGUCCUUCACCAACACCUUUGCGCGUCUCAAAGGCUCCCUCAUCCGCAUCCACUGCCCUCACCCCGGCUGGGCGACCAAGAAAAACCAAGGAGCAGCUUGAUGUGUUGAAGCAGCACUUCUUGCGCUGCCAGUGGCCCAAGAGUGAAGAUUACACUGAACUUGUUAAGCUUACACAUUUACCCCGGGCAGAUGUUAUCCAGUGGUUUGGGGACACACGGUAUGCUGUUAAAAAUGGCCAGCUGCGCUGGGUGAAGGGCGUCCGCGACCAGUUCUUGGCAGAACUUGCAGCUCAGCAAAGCAGCAGUGGUUUGACAAACGGAAGUGGCUCUGGAACAUCUACUCGGGCUGGAGGAAGCCGCAAACGAAAAUCUCAAGCAAAUGCAACGAGUGCAGAUCUUCCUGAUAUCCAGCCAUUGGUCACGUAUCACCUUGCAACAGGCUCACUACACGAAAGAGACCUUGACUCUCUAUGCAAGAAAUCUAAAAUGAGCUACCAGCAAGUGCGAGAUUGGUUUGCAGCUCAGGAUGCUGGAGGUACUGAACAAAAACUAAUUGUUGCUGAUUAAGACCCUGGAACCAGACUCGAGAACAUUUCUUUAGGUUGGUGGAGUGCUGCUUGCAUCCUUUGCACCAACAAGCAUAGUUGUUACUUUGGUUUAAAUUGCUUUAAUUUAGCAGGUUUGUAACAUCCGGUCUUCCCACCACAAGCCUAAAAAAAGGUUUGUUUUUGAUACAUAUGCUGCAUUUCCUGCUUAUCCUAAUAUAUAUUUUGGACUUGAAAUAUAAUUGUGCUGCCCGUGUUGCUGUAAAUAGAACAGUAACUUGUACACUGGUUUGUUUUAUUUUUUUGAUCUUAUUAUGUUCGUUUAGAUAUCUCUACUACAGAAGUUUUAGUAUGCUAUUGUAGCAGUAUAAUUUAAACAGGUUGUACUUGUAGUACCUGACUAAAGCAGACGAGUAACUGUUCAAGAAAGAUGUCUGUUGAUGAAUUUGUUGACUGAUCACUGUGUGUAAUCAUUCCUUUACAGCCAAUAAUUCCUUUUCAUGAAAAGCACACUGGACAUGUACACUUUAAAUUGACAUCUUGCACUUUGGUUUUAGAGCCUGCUGUCAUAUUCAUUAAAUCCAAUUAUUUUACAAAACAUUAGUUCCUAACUUAACCAUGUCAUUUUUGACCCCUUAACACUGAAACCUAUUAUCAUGUCUUUUGAAACAGCACGGUCCAGCUAAUUCUACUAAUAUCUCCAGCAUAUUUCUGAUACACAUUCCUAGAUUCUCCUUUAGACGCUCUGCUGUAACACACGAUUCACAAGGAUAACAGUACCAAGAGGGCAGCAUUCACAGCAUACAGAUGUCAGAAUUGCAAACUUCAAUUUUGAUUUGCACUCAUUAAUUCAGUCAGUAUUUGUAUAUCUAUUUUGUUUUAAUAGCUAUAGAGUGUGACUUGAUGGUUUAUAAUCUAGAUUAACUAGACAAAAUAACGGAUGGGGGGGUCCAUGUACUGUAUAAGUAGCAAAUGGUUUGAAUCCAAAGAAAACAUACAUUUCUAAUAACUCAAAUUAUGAACUGUAGCACAAACAUUACACAUUCAGGU